AUGAAGAUCCAGGCUUUUACUCUGGCUGCCUGUGCGGUGGCUUCGGUUGCUGCCCAGGGUGUCACCGAGCCCAUUUCUCCUCCUGGCUCUGUUCCUGUUGGUUGCAUUCCAUCCAUUGAUGGCAAGUUUGAGAUCACCGUUGUCCAGAUCACUGAUGCCGAAUCCCGUUCCGCCGCCCUCAUGAAGCGGGCCACUUGCUCAGGUGACGGUGUCUUGGUCUCAACCCUUCGCGACACUGUCAUCAAGGAUGCUUUCAAUCGUACAGGCUACAUCGCGUCGAACUUUCAAUUCCAGUUCGAUAAUCCGCCCCAGGCUGGCGCAAUCUACACGGCUGGUUUCUCGUUCUGCCCCGAAAAUUCGACCCUUGCUCUUGGUGCGACCACGACCUUCUAUCAGUGCCGUUCCGGAGACUUUUACAAUCUCUACGACCGGUACUGGGCUCCGCAAUGCGAGCCUGUUGACAUCAUUGUUAUCCCAUGCAAUGAUGCGACUGAGAACUCCGGAGCCCCUACUCAGACUGUUAUUGGUUCUGCCACAAUUCUGACCACCAUCGUGAUUCCUCUCUCGGAUGGUCAACCGCAAGUGAUCACUACCGACAAGGUAAUCCCAAUUUGCCAAAUCGAUGAUGGGCAGAUCCAGGGCCACACAGCCCCCUGCACCGGCCCCGUGGCCACCAUCACUGCCACACCCUUGAUCACCCAAAUUUCUGAUGGGCAGAUCCAGGUCACCGGAAUCCCCGCAACAGUUACCGUUCCCCUUGUGACACAGAUUAGCGACGGGCAGAUUCAGGCUCCGCCUGCGACCACGACUCCAGUUGGCCCAUUCCAGCCCACUGAAGCCCCCCCGGCCAAUGAGAACGGAGCCGCUCCUCUCGUAGGCGGUAUCCUCGUGGGCGCUCUUGUAGCGGCAAUCAUCGGUGUCGCUUUGGUUCUCCUGGCCUGA